UGUGUCCUCCGGCUCAUAGCUGACUCGGGAGUCCUCUGACAGCUUCACCUCCUGCUCCUAUUAUACCCCAAAUUUCCUCCUCCCGGUCUGAAGUCAAAAGAUGGUACUUGUAAAAAUCUGGGUGGCGGGUCUUGUUCUGAUGUUACUGCUUUGCCCGUCACCAACGCAGCUGUCUGGUAUGGCGGGGGCUCAGGAUCGCUUGGAAAACGACAGGAGUGUUGACCUGUUUGCAGAUGAAGAUGGGGAUGGUGCUGGGGAAGAGAAGGAGAAGGAGGAGGAAGGGGUAGCAGAGGAAGAAUCAGAUGAUGGGGCUGAAAGUAAUGAAGAGAUUGAGGAGGAGGAGGAGGAGGAAAGUACUGUGGAAAAGGAGACUGUAGAAGAAGACCCCACUGAAGAUGGGGAGUCUGACAAAGAGGCCGAUGAGACUGAGAGUGAGGAACCUGAAGAAGAUGCCAAUAAGUCGGUGGCUGAGGAAGAGGAGGAGGCAGAAUCAGUAGAGGAACUGAUGCAAGAUGUUGAGGAUGAAGCAGAAUCAGUGGAGGAGGAGCAAGCUGAUGAGGAUGAUAUGGAUGAAGAGCAGGUCCCUGACAAGACUGAGGAGGAAGAGGAGAAUGAUGAAGAUAAAGACGACGACUUGGCAGAAACCGACACACGGCACUUCCAUUCAGGCUCUUUGUGCAAUGUUUGCUCCAUCUGCAAGCACUGUGCCAGCGAGUGUGACAAGUGUCCAUGCGAGGAGGACGAUGAGUCGUCUCACUGUGAAGGCUGUCAAGAGGUCUUGUUGAUGAGCUUUCCGCCUCCAUCUUUCAGGCUGUGGCCUCUUUACUGUAAAGACUUUUUUUUUUUAAGCGUGGGACACAGUGCGUUCUCCCAUCACUCAGAAUGGGAGCUGUCCAGCUACAGGGGCUUCUGAUCAUGGAACACCAGCAAAAGGUCAUGAAAAUGCACAUUUUUGUCUGUGAAUGACACAAAUGAAACUACCUAUUGGCCAUGUUCAUUCCCGCUGGCUUCAUCAGAUAUUUACGUUGUGGAUUGUGUCCGCUUUUUGACAUGUUUAGAUGUUUUAUUUCAAAAUCACUGUUAAUUGUGCUUGAAAAACAAAUAUUUGCCUUAUGUAUCAAUGUAAAAUAAAAAUAUAUUUGCUGUUCAUACUA